AUGCAUUUCGCCACGAGUUCCGCCACUAAUCCUCGCUCGCUUGCAGUUUUGCAGCUUAUGCCGGUUGUGCGGGGUCAGACAAACCUUACCUUACCGCAACCGUUUAACGUAUCGCUGGAUGUAAAUCACACACUGCCGAGCAAUAGUUUACCGCCCCUGGCGACGGUCGCACCGGAAUGGAAGCCUAUUCCACGCUUUCGCCAUGCACACUAUGACCCGGUCGGGAAGGUGCUAUGGUUUCCACGGAUCAUUGGUGGUGCGAUGGCAACGGCCGGAGAGUUCCCGGCCAUGGUGUCACUGCAGCAGGUGCAAAAUUCGGCACACGUGUGCGGUGGAACGCUGAUUACGAUGGGUCACGUGCUGACGGCGGCUCACUGCGUGACGGAUGUGCGAGGUAUUGGUCAACCAGCAAAUCAUUAUCAAGUGAUGGGUGACGACCUGUACAUCCUGCAGCAUAUGGGCAGCCCUACACGACAAGUACGUCGCGUCUCUUCGAUCACCAUCCAUCCACAGUAUGAUUCGACCAUCUUCGCCAAUGAUAUCGCCAUCUUAAGGGUAGCGUCCGAGUUCCGCAAAACGGAUACAUUCUUCCCGGGCAAACGGAUCCAGAAAACGCCGACACCCGGCGAUCGGUGUAGCCUUGCCGGCUGGGGUGUAACGGACGAACGUUCGACCGUUAUGAGCCCGAACCUGCAGCGCAUCAAUGUGGCCAUCAGUGACUUUGGGACGUGUAAUGUCGUGUUCGAUCAGCUGCUCACCAAGGGUAUGCUGUGUGCGGAGGCACCCGGUCGGGACGCUUGUCAGGGCGAUUCGGGUGGUGCGUUGCUGUGUGCUGGAGGGCGUGUGGCGGGCAUCGUUAGCUUCGGCGAUGGGUGUGCCAAACCGAACGUGCCGGGUGUGUACAUGGACGUGGCGUACUACGAGAAGUGGAUCAAUGGGGUGCUACGAAAUAGUGGAGAGCGUUCGGUUGGCUAUCUGGCGGGUAUGGUCAUGUUUUACUGGGCCGUUAAGCACCUGCUGAGGUAG